GGAAGCCUGCGCACGCCCCCGCCGUUUCCUAGGAGACGAAACACACAAGACGCCAGAGCUUCACAAGGGAGCGAAAGAGGGUGUUCGUAGGAAUGGAAGCACUGUUUCCUUGCCAGAUUCCAUAUCUCUCUAUCUCAUGAACCUUUGGAAUCCUGGGGAAGAUCUUGUGUCUAAGGAUGACAAACCUGUCACCGGUGUAGCAACAGCAGUCUGAGGGGAAGAAACAAAAAAAAGACCCAAAAUAAAGAAGCGUUUGCAUUUAUAUUCAACAAAGAAGUCAUUUCAACGGACAACCUCUGUUGCACUGUGUUUCCAAGAUGAACCGAUACACGACCAUGAGACAGCUGGGGGACGGCACCUACGGGAGCGUGCUGAUGGGCAAGAGUAACGAGUCUGGGGAGCUGGUGGCCAUCAAGAGAAUGAAGAGAAAGUUCUAUUCUUGGGAUGAAUGUAUGAACUUGAGAGAAGUUAAGUCUCUGAAGAAACUCAAUCAUGCCAAUGUGAUUAAACUUAAAGAAGUUAUCAGAGAAAAUGACCAUCUCUAUUUUAUAUUUGAAUAUAUGAAAGAAAACCUCUAUCAAUUAAUGAAAGACAGAAACAAGCUGUUCCCUGAGUCAGUCAUCAGAAAUAUUAUGUAUCAAAUAUUGCAGGGGCUGGCAUUUAUCCAUAAACAUGGUUUUUUUCAUAGGGAUAUGAAACCAGAAAACUUGCUUUGUAUGGGUCCAGAACUUGUGAAAAUUGCUGAUUUUGGACUUGCAAGAGAAUUAAGAUCACAGCCACCAUAUACUGAUUACGUAUCUACCAGAUGGUAUCGCGCCCCUGAAGUUUUACUAAGAUCUUCAGUAUACAGCUCUCCCAUUGAUAUAUGGGCUGUUGGGAGUAUAAUGGCUGAACUAUAUACAUUAAGACCACUUUUCCCAGGGACAAGUGAGGUCGAUGAAAUCUUUAAGAUUUGCCAAGUUUUAGGGACUCCCAAAAAAAGUGACUGGCCAGAAGGGUACCAGCUUGCAUCCUCUAUGAACUUCCGUUUUCCCCAGUGUGUUCCUAUAAACCUAAAAACUCUUAUUCCCAAUGCCAGUAAUGAAGCGAUUCAGCUUAUGACUGAAAUGUUGAAUUGGGAUCCGAAGAAGCGACCAACAGCAAGUCAGGCAUUGAAACACUCGUAUUUUCAAGUUGGUCAAGUAUUAGGCCCUUCCUCACAUCAUCUGGAAUCGAAACAAUCUUUAAAUAAGCAGGUGCAACCACUAGAAUCGAAGCCAUCUUUAGGGGAUCUAGAAUUGAAGCCCCUGCCAGACAUAAAUGACCAGAUGGUCAGACAGCCCCAACCGAAGAACAGCCACCAGCCACUGGAGUCCAUCCAGCUGCCCCAGAACACGAGUGUCCAGCCAGCGCCAAAGCAGCCGGGACAGCAGAAACCGCCGCAAACACUGUUUCCAAGUAUUGUCCGAACCAUGCCGACCAAGCCAAAUGGCACACUGGGUCAUAAAAGUGCUAGGAGGCGUUGGGGUCAGACUGUGUUCAAGUCUGGAGACAGCUGGGAAGAAUUUGAGGACUGUGAUCUGGGAGCCUCCCAUUCCAAGAAGCCAAGCAUGAACGUAUUCAAAGAAAAGAGGAAAAAAGAUUCUCCAUUUCGGCUUCCAGACUCCGUCCCCUCUGGCUCCCACCACUCCGCAGGGGAAAACAAGAGCUUACCUGCUGCUUUUCCCCUAAAAUCUGAUUCUGAACUGUCAACGGCCUCAACAGCUAAACAGUACUACUUGAGGCAAUCAAGAUACCUUCCAGGUGUAAAUCCCAAGAAUGUGUCCUUGGUAGCCAGUGGAAAGGAUAUAAACCCAUAUACUUGGAGUAAUCAGUUAUUUCCUAAGUCACUGGGACACGUGGGGGCAGAACUUGCUUUCAAAAGGAGUAAUGCAGGUGUCUCAGUGCUUCCAUCUCCAAAAAGGAACAAGAGAAAAAGGAACAGAACUGGUGCUAAAACCUGAUUUUAGCAAUAAGCAAUACUCAUUUGUGGAUACAAGGACAGCCUGAAAAGGUGACAUCUUUCUCAGUGAGAUGAAUUUCUCCAAAAGACAAUACCUUUCAAAGUUCAGUAAUCAAAAUUUAUAGUAUUCAUCUUUUUUAUUAAUUAUAUGCAAUGAAUUGUUGUAAUUAUUAAUGAACCUAAUCUAGAAAAAAAGUAUUUUAACAUACUUAUGGCUAUAAAAACUUUUUUUAAGGUUUCAACUGACACAUACUUUCAGUGGUCAACUUAAAGACUUUUAAGCCUAAAACUAUAUUUGGAUAAAAUUUGGGAGCUGACAUGAAUGAAAAUAAAAUUUUAGAGAGAAAUGGGAUUAAAGUGAAAUUUCCAACAGUUAAAAGGAAUGUAUUUAUGUAUUUUUAAGUCAGUAUUGGUAGGCAUAAAAUCACCAUGGUAUUUAACUCCCAUUGCUUAAAGUUAAAUUAGAGAUGUAAUAGUUUUAUUUUGAAAUGUCUAUAAUAUCCCACAAAUGACAACUUUACAAACUAUCAAUCUUACAGUGAAAAAUUUACAUAACAGUUUAAAGUGUGUGAAGAAGUAGAGUUCUUAAUAUAGAUAGAGAACUGGAUCCAAAAAUAUCUGAGAUCACUGAUGCGGCAAGUGAGUAGUCUACUGGAGUGUUCUGAGAUGUGACAACACACUCUGGACAUUUUAAGUUUUCCAGAUGCUCUGAGGACUCAAUUUAUUUAUUUAAUAGUGCUGAGGUAUCAGACACUGCAGGACUAAUUUACUUAUUCUUUUCCACUAUUUUAAAAUAAUAUUCACUGAACCAGCUGGUUAAGUACAAAUGAGUUUAAAUGAUCCCACUACAACUUUGCGUCUUGGGGGAAUACAAAAUUGGCUGGCAUCAAAGGAAAGCUGUGACCACAUGUGAGAACAGUUUCUUAUGUCCUUCUGAUUUUUUUCAUUAAUCAUCUAACCAUUGUUUCUCUGCUUUUCCUAAAACAUUCUUCUUCUUCAUUCUUUCUUUCCACUUGCCUUCUCAUCAGAGGAAAGCAUAAUUAAACCAAUUGAAAAACUAUCAUGCAAUGAAAGUUUUCCUGAAAAAUUAGAGGACCCACAAGGUAAUUUCUGGGCAUUGUAGAUGAGUACAACUUGUUCUUUGAAUAUCUUGUCCAAUUUUCUUUUCCACAUUUGCCCUGAAUCCUGUCAUACAAGGCCACUAGGAAGGCCAACCAAGGUCACCUGCUUUUAGAAGUUAGACCAGGGCCGGGAGAAAGAAAAGCGUUCCAUGUCUAUCAAGAACACCGUUCUUCAACAGUCAGGAUUCUAGACUAACUUGCUCUUACAGCUCUAGGCUCAUCUUCUUAAAUUAAUGAUGACACUUUAUAUAAAUGAAGCAAAUCUACUGAGAAUAAGAAUUAAAAGAAUAUUUUCUAAUCUGUAAUCAGUAUUCCUGGAAAAUCUUUUUUAAAGUUCGGAAACUCAUUUCUUACGCACGAACAAUCGCUUAAAAGUUAACCAGGUUAAUAGAAAUGGUGGAUUUCCUAGAGAGUCCCUGUUGCUGGUUUGAACAGUGCCAAUUAUGGGCUUCAGCCUGAAACUUUGAAGCUCACAAAGUACUUCUUAAUAAGCCAAAACAAUGAAUUUUUUGUUCAUUUUUCCUUAGCAACUUUCUCCCUACAGCCCAUUACCUGCUCAGCACUUGGCUUUUAGAAUCUGACAUAUUCCAUCCCCAUUCUGUCACUCAGUAGCCUUGUGAUUGUGGACAAGUCAGUCAGGCUCCCUAAGUCAGUUUCCCUGUGUGGGAAAUGAAGGACAUGAUAUUUACCAGGGUAUUACUGUAUAGCCAUCCCUAGGAUUUUUGUCACCGUAAGCAUGUAGCGUCUGCUCUGAGGAGGUAGAAGAGAGCCGGAGCAGCGUUCUGAAUGGGAUCCCUGCCGUGAACUGCCUUUCAAAAAUCUUUUGAUGUAAAAGGCUGAUUAGUGAUUCAGAAAUGGGUACUGGGAACUAAAAGAAAGGUCAAAUUAGGCAUAUGCAAAUUGUGCAUAUGCAGAAUUCAGUAGUGUUAAAAACUACAAACUGACUUGUUCACUAUCUGAAGUCUCACUUCUGCGGUGACGCUGCUGCUUGUCAAUUGUUGGGUCCAGAGCACACACUUACUGAGGGCCUCCUGUGCAGAGCGCUGUGACAGACGUCAGGGACAAGAGGUUCAGAGGCCAGACCUGGGAACCAGUAGCGCUGUAAGAGAUGCUUCAGUCAUAGCUCACCGUCACCGUCAGAGUCCUGGUCCACCUCCUUGCUGACAAGUGUGUCUCCUUUCCUGCAUAGCGAGGCUCCUUGAAAGAAAAUUGUAUUCCUUUUCCUCUUAUUUCCAGUUUGCUUCUCAGCUCACUGUGGUCUGUCCUCACGUGGACUCAGGCCACUGCAACCGCUCCUGCCAGGUCCUGACAUGAUCCUAGUGGCCAGAUCCCACAGCCGGGCUAAUCCCGUCAGAUCUCGGCCUCCUCCGGUCUUCCUUCUCUCUCCGCACACUGUGUGCUCCUGGACGCUCAGACCCUGCUCCUCCUAACAUCCACCACCCUCUCUCUUCCUCUCCUCUGUGGGUCCUCUUCUUUCCUGUCUCUUAAUGCUGGUGUUCCCUGGGCCUCUGUUCUGGACCUUUGCACAUCCCACAAGCCCUCCGAGCUGGCUCCUCCAAGCCGUAGCCCCAUAACCGCCAUACCUGGCUAAUUCCGUCUCCGGGCCCGUUCAACCACAACUCCGGUAUCCCACAGGCACCAUGUCUUUCCAACAAACCUGUUGCUGUUCCUAGUCACCUAAGAUACAAACGGAGGGGUUUGUAGUCCUCUUUCCCUACCCCGCCUACCCCGUACACCCACUUCGUUCUCUUCUCCAUUGCCUUUGUGACUCCCUUAGUUCAGACUCUCAUUUCAGCUCGAGCUGACCUCCUGUCUUCUGCCUUUAGCUUUUCCCCCUUCAGCCCAUCACUCUACUGUCCCAAGGCCAAUCAUUCACUAACAGUGAUGAGGAUGAGGCUGAUGACAGCUGACAUUUACUGAACACCGGAUUCUAUGCUAAGUGCUUUGCAUACAUUUCAUUCACUCUCUACAGCAACCCUAUGAGAACAGGUACAGUUACUAUAGUGAUUUUACAGAAUGAAGAAAAGCAGAGAGCACAGGAAGGCCGGGGGCCUCCUGGCAGGAAACACACUCAGGUUAAGAAAGAAGUCAUUUAAAACAAACAAACAAACAAAAAAAAAAAAACAAAAAAAAAACCCCCACAACUGGAAUGUUCAGGGCGACAGCCUUGGGUUCACAUUCUAGCUUGGUCACUUAUGGUGAUCACUAAGGCAGGUUCUAAGAGCCACAAGGUGUGGAUAAAAUAGGCAUGUAAAGGGGCAUUAUACGGACGCAACAGGAUUAUCUGUAAAGCCUUUAUGCAGCGCUUUAAAUAGAGUCAAUACUCGAAAAACGGAAUCCAGAAUUGGGAGGGGUGUAGUAUUUGUUACUCUCUGGUGCUUUAAAAUAUUCACCUUCUGA